AUGGAACAAACCAGGCCAGGGGUGAGGCCAUCUAUAACCCCCGCUCCCGCCCCCGCCCCCCGACGGCAGAAUGAUGCCUGGUCUGUCAGAAACGAAUCCGAAGGUGAGGAGCUCACACACCUCCCUCGACCUGCGUACGGCAAUAUGAACGACGCCGACUUGGAUGUCGGAUAUUGGGCCCGGCGGGCGAAAGCCUGCCAAUAG